AUGAGCAAAAGUGUUGUGGGUUGUAGGCAGGGCCUUCUCAUUGGAGUGUUGAUUGAGAAGGACGAGUAUGGGAUUACCUAUGAUUGUGUGGAUAUCUAUAAGCAACCGGCUUUCGAUCAUCCUUUGCUUAAAAAUCACACACUUCAGGUAACCUAUCAUCCUUGUGAUAACACAAACAAGUAUGCCGGAGUGGAAUUUGCAGCUGGUAAGGGACCAAAGUUUUAUGGCGCAAGCGCAAAGCUGGACGUUUUCCAGCUCUCCGGGGUUUCAAACAACCAACAAAGCGAAAGCCAGAUCGUCAUUAGCAAAGGGACUGGAGGGCCCAAGAAUUACAUUAACACCGUGCAGGCCGGAUGGUUGGUGAAUCCUCAACUGGAGGGGGACAACCGAGCUCAUUUCUUCACGUAUUGGACUUCAGAUGGUUAUCAGAAGACUGGUUGUUAUAACCUGGUUUGCCAGGGGUUUGUCCAAACUAGUACUCGGUUAACGCCUGGCAAGAUCUACACACUAAGCACUUUGUCACUCGAGAUUUACAAGGAUCGGUUGUCUUCCAACUGGAUGCUGUACAACGACAGGGAACCCAUUGGGUACUGGCCCAAAGAAAUCUUCAAUAACAUGGCAGAUAGUUCCCUGGUGCAGAUGCAUGGAAAUGUUUACUCGCCCUUUGACGAACCGAGUCCGCCCAUGGGAAGUGGCGUACUCAAUGGAGCAAAAUUCACGAAUAUAUUAUUGACGGAUGGACAGAGCAAUAGCAAAUUGCCUGUGAAUUUUAGGAAAUAUAAUGAUCUCGGGGAGGCUUAUUAUGGCGUUGACUAUCGCGUUCAGAAUGGCGUGAUGUAUUACGGUGGGCCCGGGGGUUGGAAGAAAUAA